AUGGCACGCCUUGACACUCCUCCACCAGAGGGUGGUGAAAUUCCUUUGACGGAAUCAGACGGUACACGAACUCGAAGAUGGAUCACUAGUGUAUCGACACGAAGGGACGCAAAGCUCCAGCCAGUGUUCGACAAGCCAGAUAAUUCGGAGUCGGAAACUCACCAGGAUCCAAUUACACCGCCAGGCUCGACAUCGCCCUGGAUCGAUAACGAUGUAGAGUUUAUCGCAUUACUGCGGCGAGCUCUUCGAGACUGUGACCAGCGAUGUCAUAGCAUUGGCAGCACGAAUAGCGAAACAGAAGUCUCUUGCCAGCAAGCUGCACUAAGAACACUGAUGACUGAGAUCGAUGACGACCUGCUCCUCAACAGGGACAUCCGUACCGUCACAUCCACAUUGUCGAUUCCAGACGAAGAAAAAGCGAACAUUGUGCAGUUGUACUGCAAUGCCUGGCGUGCGACCAAUGUUGACAUUGCUGCACAGCAUGAUGCAAUGGUUCCAAUGGGGGCGCACGAAGGGCAACCGCACGACACGGCUUCAACUUGUGCUGUAUUUGGUGGCCAAGGUCUGCGAUGCGACUGCCUUCAGGAGCUUCGAGACAUGGCGCGAAACUAUGCCACCCUCGUCGAGGACUUGCUGCGAGAUUCCUCCAGGCUGCUGGCGGGACUUUCGGCUACCGAUGCGACCACCCGACAAUACUUCCGCCAAGGCUUCGACGUUGCAUCAUGGCUUGAGCAUCCGGAGCAGGCCCCGGAUGACCAAUACCUCAGAGCGGCACCGGUAAGCGCACCGCUCAUCGGUCUGGUGCAGCUGACUCGAUACGCGAUUGCCUGCAAGACGCUCGGCGUGACCCCUGGACAGUUCUGCGCCCAACUGUCCGCAACGACAGGCCACUCCCAAGGCAUCAUCACUGCGGCAGCGAUAGCAAGCGCCACCGACUGGCCUUCAUACCACCAAGCGAUGCAGACUGCACUGACUACACUCUUCUGGAUCGGUAUGCGAACGCAGCAAGUCUGGAACUCUGCUGGGGGCUGCUCACCAGUGUCUGCUGCCAUGCAACAGGACGCUCUCGAUCACGACGAGCGUGCGCCAUCGCCGAUGCUCAACAUCAAGGGCCUCACUCGCGCGGCUCUGCAGGAAUGUCUGCAUGCCACCAAUCGUUACCUUGGGACCCCCAGAACGGGUGGCGACAAGGAUCAGGCAGCCCCCGGGCUGAAGAUAUGCAUGGUCAACGGACCGCGGCACUUUGUAGUCUCGGGCCGCCCGCACCAUCUUUAUGGGCUGAACCUACAGAUACGGAAGGUGAAACGACUCCAAGCACACGGCGAAGCUAGGGGGCAAGCGGGGAAUACUCUGGCCAUCACGAGCAAGUUCCUGGACGUCAGCGUCCCGUUCCAUAGCACAGCCGUCGCGGCAGCAGUGGCCCUGGUUCUGCGGGACAUUGAAAAUCUGCAUCUUCUCAGGGCUGCGCUGAGGAUCCCUGUUAUCGGUCCCGAAGAGGCUGCAGAUCUCCGCGCGUCACCUUACGAUGGAGCCAAUAACGUCCUUCCACAGCUCGUAAAGCUCGUGGUGAGCAAGACCGUGGAUUGGGAUAUGACGCUUCAGGUCACGAGACAGCAGUCAGCGAUGUCGGCACCUAAGCAACAAGACGAGUCGACGCUCAUGCUGGAUUUCGGGCCUGGUGGAGUCCAUGGUAUCAGUUCGCUCCUCAAGGGGUCGACCGCGUCAAACGCCCUCGGUGCACAUAAUUAUACUGGUCUGGAGGAUGAUGAAGCGAUAGCUCAGCAGGGAAUGACUGCGUUCAUUGUCGGCGCUUGGAGUGACGGCAAGCCCUGACUUGGCGAGAAGGGCUACCUGCACAACUGGUUUCGGGCCCGUAAAGGAGGC